AUGUUAUACCUCUUUUAUGCUCUAGAAGCUGAUAUAUGUCUAUUUUCUGCUUGCUGUUGCUCGUUUACGCGUUCGACGUGGCUCGUGCAGUCCGACUCUGACCGCCCAUCGUCGCCCACCGGCAAAACCACUUCAUCUUCUGCAGUAGCACGUCCUCCGGGUGCUCAAGUUCGACGCAGAGCCACAGGCUCGACCGUCCAAAAGCCAAACUCGGCACGCGCUGCUGGCGCAGGCGGAUCGUCCAAUACCAUGCUCAAGCUCUACACGGACGAUUCUCCUGGACUGAGAGUUGAUCCGUUUGUGGUCUUGAUUCUCUCGCUGUCUUUCAUCGGCUCGAUAUUCUUCCUCCACAUUUCGGCAAAGAUUAUCCGUUCGUUCAGCAAAUAA